UGGAUGUGUGACGAGGUGUCCUAACGACGGCACAAGUCGUCCUCGCGUUUCGUCCGUGCAUGCUACAACGGUCCUCGUCAAGCCAAUGGAACGGAAGGGAUGGGCGGGACGUAGCGGCAACAAGGUCCAUCACGACGCCCCUGGGAGCCGCCGCGUUCCUCGGCACGGCGGUAAGCCUCGCUAUGUGCACGAUAUGGGCGCAGCAGCUACCGCCGCCCCAGAACAGCCAGUUCCCGCCACCGCCUCCUCCGUGGUGGGACCCGCAGACGCGACCGCACACCCCGAACCGCUGGUUCAUCAUGACCCGAGCAUGGCCCUUCCCGGUCACGCUUAACCUCAUCCGACCGGGACUCUGGAGCACCUUUAACGGCACUCUCCUGCAGUCGGUCUCACCCGACGAAGUCGUCUUCAUCACGCGCUUACACAACGAGCUGAGGCAGACGCUGGCCUCCGGAAAGCUGGGUGGUUUCGCGCCGGCGGCAGACAUGCUUCUCCUGGAGUAUGACGGAGAAGUAGCAAGUCGCGCCCAAGUCCACUCACAGAGUUGCCGCUUCCAACAUGGCUGCUUUGGAUGCGGCCAAGUUAGGGGAUACAUCGGCCAAAACCUGUUCCUGGCACCCGGGGGCAACUGGGAGCAGGCCAUCAGGUCCUGGUGGGAUGAACACCGGAGCACGAGCAGCGACAUCGUCGGCCGCUUCAACUUCUCUCCCCGAAACGGACACUUUACGCAGAUGGCUUGGUCACGCACUGCAAAAGUGGGCUGCGGUGCCACCGACUGCCCACAGCUAGGCGGACGCUACAUGGUCUGCAACUACGAACCUGGAGGAAACAUGCUGAGGCAACCGGUGUACAGGGAAGGCUGGCCUUGCUCCCAAUGUCCCCAAGGCACGCAGUGCACGUCCGUGCAGGGCCAGGGCUCUCAGGAAAUGGCACUUUGCGGACGCCAGCCUCUGAGUUGUCCGCCUGCUCCCCCAGCACCUCCAAGGCGCGCACCAUGAACCUCCUCAGCCCUAGCGACAUCAUUUCUCGCGAGACGAGGCACAGAAAAAUUUCGAAAUGUGAAUACACUGUUUCAUGUUAUAGGCGUUCGAUAACGAUCGACUACAUUUGAAUGUGUUUUCCGGCUCCAUUUACAAGUCUACAAGCUGGGGAGCCCGCUUUGCAAAUAACUUUUAACGGUU